AUGGCUUUAGAUAUAUUACCAUUGCUUGAUAUAAAAAGUUCAAUAUCAAAACCUUACAUUACUAAAGACCAAUUCAAACAAACAAGAAAUAACAUACCUAAUAAUAAUAUGCUAUUAGAUGGCUAUAUGUUAAAUAAAGACUUAAAAUUUAUUAAAAAGAUUGGUGCUGGUACCUAUGGUUUAAUAUAUUUAGUUGAAAACAUUUAUACACAUCAAAGGUUUGCUGCUAAAAUGCUAUUAAAACAACCACCAUUUACACAAGGUGAUCCAAAAGAUUCCCAACUUAAUAAAAAAUUAAUUCAGCAACAAUUUUAUCAAUAUUUUUACUCACAUAAUUUACCAAAACCAACCUCAAUGAAUUUAAACUAUAUUAGAGAUCAAGGUCAUGAUUGUCAAUUUUUGACUGAAAUCUCAUUACAUUUAAAAGCCCAUGAGCAUCCAAAUAUUACAACCAUACAUCAAGUUUAUGAUUUAGAUAAUUUUGCAAUUAUAAUUUUAAUGGAUUAUUUUGAACAAGGUGAUUUAUUUAAUAACAUCAUUGAUAAACAAAUUUUCCAAAAGCAUAGAUUUGAUAGACAAAUUUUAAUGAAAAAUGCAAUGUUACAAUUAAUUGAUGCUGUUGAAUAUUGUCAUCAAUUAGGCAUUUAUCAUUGUGAUUUGAAACCUGAAAAUAUAAUGGUUGAAUAUAAUCCAUAUUAUCAAAGAUCACAACAUUCUUCAAUAAUAGAUUAUAAAGAAUUAAGAUUAUCUUUAAUUGAUUUUGGUUUAGCUUUAGAUACAAAUUUAAUUUGCUGUAACGCUUGUAGAGGUUCAAGUUUUUAUAUGGCACCAGAAAGAACAAUCAAUUUUAAUACUAAUAAAAUUAUUAAAUCAUUAAUUGAUAUGUCACAAUUUCAAUCAGUUUAUGACCAACCAAAUACCAACUUAUCAAACUGUAAAUAUUUACCAACUUUACCUGGUGAUGUAUGGUCAUUAGGUGUUUUAUUCAUUAAUAUAACAUGUUCAAGAAAUCCAUGGCCAAUAGCUUCAUUAAAUGAUAAUUCAAAUGAUGUAUUCAAAAACUAUAUUUUAAAUAACAAUCAUUCAAUCUUAUCUUCAAUUUUACCAAUUUCAUCACAAUUCAAUAAAUUAUUAGACAAAAUUUUCAAAUUAAAUCCAAAUGAUAGAAUAGAUUUAAUCAAUUUAUACAAAGAAGUAAUAAGAUGUGAUUUCUUUAAAGACGAUCAUCAUCAUUCACAUCAUCAUCAUCGUCACAGAAAUCAACAAUUAUAUACUCCACCAGAAACAACUGCUUAUAAUUCAUACGUUAGUGAUUUUGAUGAAGAUGACGAAGAAUUUUACACCGAUGAUGAAGAAAUAGAGUAUGAUGAAUACCAACAAGAUCAAAUCACAUACCAAACAAAACAACAACAACCAUUUUAUAAAGAGAAUUUACAAAAAUUUGCAUUAGAAACUCCAUCAAACAGCAUUGUUUAUUAA